ACGCCAUGACCCAGAAAAAGAGAACUUAGGCUAUUUUUUACUAUUCAGUGAUUAAAAGUAAUUUAAUGUAUUAGUUUGUAAAAUGCAUAAUACUGUGGUAUGAUUGGUUUUUAUUCAGUGUAUCGGUAAUACAAUAUAUAAGACUGAACAAAACGUUUAAAGCAAUUGUUUACCUUGAUGUUAAUAUGCUAAUGUAUUAAGAAAUAUAAAAUAAAAAGAAAAUACAGUGAGCAUUAUUACUAAAAAAAAAAAAAAAAUCUAACAAUGAACAACAUUACCAGGGUUACACCCAAAAUUAGUUGUCCUUCUGCAGAAGGAGAAUUUAUACAGACAUGAAGAGGAGAUACUUUUGAUACUAGCUAUAUAGACUACUUUAAUGUUAGUUAUUUUAUUACAUUUAGCCUACUUACGUUUUUUUUUUCUGUCUUAAUUUACUUGUCCAUCGUUUUUAUCUUACUUGUUUAUAGGCUAUUAUAAAGUGUGCGUGUAUGUGUGUAUUUGUGCUGCUGAAUAUUGUUAGACUGAGAACAUCUAUGACGUGAACGCUUGUGCUGAUUGGCUGUGAGCUCGGUGUUUUGCGGUGACGCUCUCAGGUGAGGCGCAGGUGAUUGACAGAUGCUGAACUUCAUCAGAGAGACACCGGCGGGAUGACGCGAUGCACGCGCAGCUGACGGACACAGCACACGUAUGAUCAGUGACUGACAGACUGGAGGUAUCUGAAGCCACGUGUGCAUUAUGAAGGAGAACAGGUCCUUGUGUCAGGUGGAGCAGCUGCCCUGUGCAUGUCUGCUAGACUGCCACCGACAGACCCACACCCGCAGCACCGCAGGGGCCCCGAUCCGACACAGAGCCAACGGGGCGGUGGGCGCCUUGUGCAACAGUCCUAACUGCGUGGUGGCCACCAGGAUGGAGAACUCAGAGCAGGGGCGGCAUGGGGCCAGCAGGGUCCUGGUCACCGGAGGGGCUGGAUACUUUGGAUUCAGGCUGGGCCGUGCUCUGGCAGUCCAAGGGGCCACGGUCUUACUCCUGGAUCUCCACAAGCCACCCUGGGAUAUCCCUGAUGGAGCCGUCUUCCAGCAGAUUGAUAUCCGGGAUUAUGAUGCCCUGUAUAAGAUCUGUGCGGGAGUGGAUGUCAUUUAUCACACUGCUUCCUAUGGGAUGUCAGGACCUGAACAGCUGAAGAAAAAGCAGAUCGAAUCAGUCAAUGUUUGCGGCACGAACAAUGUCAUAAACGUCUGUACGGAGCAUGGCAUCGCUAGACUCAUCUACACCAGCACAAUCAAUGUGGCGUUUGCUGGCCGGCCCAUCGAGGAUGGAGAUGAAGACUCAGUUCCCUGUGUGCCGCUGGACAUGCACAUAGACCAUUACUCCAGAACUAAAGCUAUCGCUGAACGCAUGGUGCUCGCUGCUGAUGGAAGAUCAACAAAAGGUGGUGGUCUUCUUCACACAUGUGUCCUGCGCCCCUCUGGUAUCUAUGGUCCUGAAGAGAGAAGACAUUUACACAGGGUGAUGGUGAAUGUGGAGAGGAGGUUGUUCAGCUUUCAUUUUGGGGACCCUAAUGCCAAGAUGAACUGGGUACAUGUGGAUAAUCUGGUGAUGGCUCAUGUUUUAGCAGCAGAAGCACUCACUGCAGAUAAAGCUUUUGUGGCGAGUGGACAGGUUUAUUUUAUCAAUGAUGGGGAGUCUGUCAAUGUCUUUGAAUGGUUGACACCUCUGUUUGAAAGACUAGGUUAUGGUCGGCCAUUGAUUCACCUUCCCGUUUCUCUGGUCUACUCAGCAGCAAUUUUGAUGGAGCGACUGCAUGUGGCUCUGAGUCCUAUAAUGGAAAUUCCAUUACUUCUGACAAGAAACGAGGUGAGAAACAUUGCUGUCAGUCACACCUUUAAAAUCGAGAAGGCGCAGCGAGAACUGGGCUUCAGUCCUAAGAAGUACAGUCUGACCGACUCGGUGGAUCAGUACCUGCGGAGCCGAGCGCCGCGUUCAGCUUCGUCAUUUCCGAACACACAGUACCUCCUGCUGCUGCUCCUGAUGGGAUUCAUCGCCCUCGUGAUCUGUCAUGCAGGAUGGGAAUAAUAAGCCUUAAUAUUUCAGUCUCACUUAAAGAGAAAUCUAACAGAUCACUUGUAGGGUUUGAACUAGGGCUGGGCGAUAUAGUGAAUUCAUCCUAUUCUUUUUAUUUUGCCAUUAAGUUUCAUUAAGAAUCUCGUUAAACUAAUUUUGACUUGAGAGCAUUAAAAGGGAUAGUAAAACUCAUCUUCCAAACACAAAUUAUGAUAUUUUUAAUGAAACCUGAGUGAUUUCUGUCCCUCCAUUGAAAGUCCAGGUAUAAACUUAGAAGAUCCAAAAAGGUUAUAAAGGCAUCAUAAAACACAUCCAUACUAAAUCCAAAUAUUAUGAAAAAAUACAGUCAUUUAAAAAAAAAAUGUUUUAUGGUGAUCAGGCUUUUAUUUGCAUAUAAACACAUACAUAGAGCACAUCAAAUAUAGUAAACAUGGAAGUUUAAAUGUGUGUGAUGAACAUUUAGUUCAUUGUGAGUAUUUAUAUGUAUAAAAGUAUUUAUAAGUAAAUGGCCAAGUUCAAUGAAUCAAUUAAAAACUAUUCAUUUGUGCCAUCACUCAAAAGAACAAUUUAAUGGGGAAAAAAAUAAUCUACAGUUAUUGCUAUUAUAAUUACUGAGUAUUGUUCCAUAUUCAUGAUAUAUUUAAAAAUGGCUUAUAUUUAAAUAUAUUUAAAAAUGGCUAAUUAUUUAUUUACUUGCUAUAUCACUCACCCCUAUUUUGAACCCACAGUGUUUUAAUACCAGAUCAGAACUUUAACCACAAUGCCACACCACCUCAGAAAUAAAAAUUACUUGGUGUUGUACAUUAUAUAUUUUCUAUAUAGUCCUGAGAGAACUGAGGCGUGUGAUUUAGGGUUGGGGUAAAUUUAAGAAAUAUAACCUGCAGAGCUGCUUGGGAACAAGUGUUUCACUAUAUUGUCACUGCUAGUAGUAGAUAUGUUUUAAAAUGAUGUUUGUUAGUACUUAGGCCAGAAUUCUUUUAUUUAUAGCUUGAAAAAAAUAUGUUGUUUGUGAUGCUGGAAAAGUAAGUGUUGGUGAAUUCUUCAGUUAUGUCUUUAAUUUAUUUAGAUUGUUUGCCCAUAGUCUUCCACAAAAUGAAGUGCAUUUAUAGUUGCACUUCUUAAACGUGUGCAUUGCAAAACGAAUUGAUUCAGCACACACU